UUCAAGCUGAUGUUAGAGUUAAGAGUUAGCUUUUUAAUAUCUUUGUUAUUUUCAGUUUCUAGUAGCUAUAAAUUAUUGCUAUUCAUAAUUUGAGAAUUUGAUAUUAAGACUUGAUUAUUUGGUUUGAGAUUGGAGAAUUUUGAUUGAGAUUUUCAUUUUGUCUUAAAUUUUUUUAAGAUUAUUUGUUCUACAUCAGGAAGGAAACAAACAGGGAUCUGCCAUACCUAGUGCAAAUGUCCACUCUUUGGUGUAAUGCUCUAAGCUGGUAAACCUUCUUAUUCUCAUGCAUGCUAUAAAAGGUGCAUGGGUUGGGCAAACAUUUGCCCUAGCUAAGUGCAAUGAGUCUGGAGGGAAGAAGUCUCGGAUUCGGCGUUCAAAGGAGGAAAGGAAGGCAAUGGUUGAAUCUUUUAUAAAGAAGUAUCAGAAAUCAAACAAUGAAAAUUUUCCAUCUCUUAACCUCACCCACAAGGAAGUUGGUGGGUCUUUCUACAUAAUACGGGAGAUUGUGCGAGAGAUAAUCCAAGAAAAUAGAGUGUUGGGUCCUGCUAAGUUGACUGAAGGGGACCAGAACACUGAUCAGUUCUUGGAACAAAAUCCACUGGGUUCAAUUUCCACAGCACCCAAAACUCUUUUGCCCAUACAAUCAAAUGGAAGUUCUUUUGUCUCUAGUCAUCAUAAGGAUGCAAGUGAUGAAUCAGUUUUGGUCACUGGGCUUUCUAUGGUAUCUGAAUAUAAAGAGUUUGACAGUGAGCAAAUUAUUAAUGGGAAUCUUGUAGAUGUGACCAAUGGAACUGAUAAAGUGGCAAUUGUAGAGUUGCAAGUAAUUGAACCUCUGGAAAGUGAUAAAAGUGGUAAAGAACUGGCUGCAAUCACAUCUAAAGUCACUCAGAUAACAGCAGAUGUAGUAGUAGAGACAUUUCCAUUGCAUCCUGUUGCUAAACCAACUGACAGCAUUGAUGGAAGCUCUAGCGAAGUAAUGAAAUUAAAUGGAAAUUUGGAUCAAACAGAAAAUUUGAAGGUAAAUGUGAGUCCAGAAAAUGCCAGUUCUAAGUUAGAUGAUAUGAAUUCCUCUGAGGUUUCUAUUUUGACAUAUGAGAAAGAAGUGGAAAACAAUGUGGAUCUAUUGUCAGAGAACAACUCUGAUUUAGCCGAUAAGAAAGUGGUGGAAAACAUUUCAGAUCCACUAUUAGAAAGCUCAGAUUGCUCUACCGGGGAAACUGCCGUUGAUGAUACUCACAAUGGUGCAGCACUAGAGGUAUCUUGUAAUGAUGUUUUAACAUCUGAAACAAAAGAACAAAACCAAGCAAUUGUUAGAGAGGCAAUAAAUGCUUCCAAUGGCAUCCACCCAAACAUUCGAGGCACUUACACUGGCAGCAACAGCGGGAAGUCAACAUCUGAGGGGGCUGUUGUGGUUGAAAGUAAAGUUGAUGUGCAGCAUGUCAAUUCCAAGAGAGGAACCGAUAAAACGUUAGACAGAAUUAAUCUUGAAUCAUGGAAAGGGACACCAAAAAGUGCUGCAGAAUCCGAAACUAACUCCUUUUGGGCUAUUUUCAACUCCUUUAUUGCAGCCUUUAAAAAAUUCUGGUUUGAGUAGCAGUUUGGCAUGUUUUUGAAUUUGGAGAGUAAAAAAAAAUUACUAGGGUUUUACUCACAUUGGUGCAUGUGGUCAUUUUUCUGUUAUGUUCCCAAUUUCAUCCGAUUUAGCAUGCUAAAUGUUUAUACGGUACCAAAUACUGAUUAUGGUAUUACAAGAGUUCCCUGGUUAUAUCGGUGGCUCAAGUUGAAUGUUGUGAUGGGGCACUUAUUAUUCCAUGGACAGAAUUGGAUUUGCGACUCAAGCCAUUUAGUAGUAUGGUUAUAGUUAGUCCAAUGUUCCUUGGGACUUCAAAUUCGAGUUGAAUGCUAUGAAUGCAACAAACGUUAUUUCACGAACGGAAUUAGAUUGCACUUAAAAUGCCAUCGAGCGGUACUUUUUAUAGGUAUAUGUUCAUCCGUUUUCUUUGAUGUGCCGAGUACGUAGGAUGACAAGCAAGAAAUGCAGGGGAAAUGUGAUUUUCUGGAUCCCUGCUUAUGCAUCCGAAAUCUGCGAGUCCUGUUCAUGAUCAUAUUUGUACUUUUAAUAUUUAUAGAUGUGGCACCCCAGCCAAAUUCUAUACCAAUCUAACCAACAUCUUAAUGUUUAUUUAACUCUUUGUUGCCUAGUUGUGAGUGCCAUAAGAUUUGAGCUGCCUAUUAUCCUAGUUAACAAAGCUACGUAGCUGCAAUAAUUUGGUAUUUUAUCAUAAGCUAGAACUGUAAUCAUAAAAAGGUCAUGGAAACGGAAGAUGAUGUUUUUCGUGACUUAAAAGUGGAAAAUAGUGAAGAUCUUCGCUGUUUGUUUUAAAUUAUUAAAUGACGCAUGUAUAAAAAUACUAAUAAAAGGUUCAUAGUUGUUCACGUCACCUAUCUUGUUUUUCUUUUAAAACCAAAUUUAUGCUGCAUUUUAUUAACUUAUAAUGAUUGAGUUUUGUCUAAGAUUUACACUCAAAUAAAGGUUUUAUUGGCCGAUGCAACAAUGGAGAA